AUGGAAAAUAUGGAAAGGGGCCUGGACAAGGCAAAGUUCACAAAACUAGUGGUCGCCGUAUUGGGGGAGCACCUCAAUGAUGCCAAAGAGGUCCGCAUGAUCAGCACCAGGCUGUGGAAUGAAAUCCUGAAGGAACAAGACAAAACUCCUCCAAAAAGGAAGACCGGAAAAAGUAACUGGGCCGCCUGGAGUGAAAAGAAGAAGCAGCGUGAUGGUGAGAAAGCAGAACAAAAUGGAAUGCCAAAGCCAGUUGCACAAAGUGCACUGCCAUCGCCGCAGAAGAAGCCCCGGGUGGAAAAAGUGAUCAAACGUGAGGUUGCACAAAGUGCACUGCCAUCGCCGCAGAAGCCUCGGGUGAGAAGACUCACCAUACUGAAGAAGGGCGUGCAUUCGGAAUGUCAGCGUGUCCAGUAUGUGCGCGCACGUGCGAGUGAAGAUGGCAGGGCGUCCAGUAUGUGCGCGCAUGUGUCCUGCGCGUCCAUGUGCGCGCAUGUGGAUCUGCUGCGCGCGCGUUUUUUGCGCGCAUGUGCGCAGGAAGGGCAGCGCGUCCAGUCUGUCGGUCAGUGUAGCUUCGUGGUGCAGGAUUGUGCAUUUAGCGGCAACUUGCCGGGAACUGCUGCGCGCACGUUUUUUGCGCGCAUGUGCACAGGAAUGGCAGCGCGUCCAGUAUGUGCGCGCCUGUGUCCCUUCGCGCACAUGGAUGCGGGGUGGGCCGGUGUCGUGUCUUGUGGGUGGCUUGCGUGUCUUCCUGUUGUGGCAACCCUCCAGGAAGAAAAGACUGUCUCAGAACAGGCGGUGAGCGCACAGGAUGAAAAGAUGAAAGCUGCCCGAGAAGAAGUAGUGGAUGCGAAGGAUGACAAGAUGAAAGAUGCCCCAGAAGAAGCAGUGGAUGCGAAGGACUUCGCGAAGUGGCUUGAAGCACAGAGCUGGCCACCGCAGUUUCCUGCAUCCUACCUUCGCUGGCUGGAGGUAGUGGAAGACAAGGUUGAUGCAGAAUGGCAGCUAAGCACUGCCCACAAUCCGGUGUUGGUGCUGCGAUCGCGGCGGCCGAUCGCUGCGUUUAAGGGGGAGCUGGCAGUGAAUCUGGUUGCUGCAGGAGACAGGACAAAGGCAAGGCGCAAACCGCAGAAGCAAAAAAGAAAAAGGACCGAGCAGUGCAUCUUGGAAAAGAACGGAGCAGAGAAGGCUGACAAGGGCUUCUCCUUCAGAGACGAGGCAGAGAUAUGCAGAGAGUACUGCAUUCCAAGGUGGUCACAGCAAACCUUUGGUUCUCUCGAUGAGAUGUAG